AUGGGUGUGAAAAUGCAAGGCCACCAUCAUUUGGUGGCAGUGAGUCUGAAUGAACAGCAAUUGGGCAUAAAAAGAAAGUAUACAUCAUACAUUCCAAGAAGAAAUCAAAGCAAAUACUUAGCAUUAUGGAUAAUUGCUUUUGGGUUUGUGGCUAUGAAUGUAUAUAAGUGCAUAGAUGCAGGCCAUCAAGAAAGAAUUGAAGAGGGUUUGGUCAGUAUGUGUGAUCAGAGGGCAAGAAUGUUACAAGAUCGAUUUAGGGUUAGUGUUAAUCAUGUACAUGCUUUGGCUGUUCUUGUGUCCACCUUCCAUUAUUACAAGAACCCAUCAGUAAUUGAUCAGGAAACAUUUGCUGAGUACACAGCAAGAACAGCAUUUGAGAGACCUUUGUUAAGUGGAGUUGCAUACGCUCAAAGAGUAAUGAAUUCUGAGAGGGAAGAAUUUGAGAAACAACAUGAGGGGAUCAUAAGAACAAUGGCUAAAGAGCCUUCACCGCACCGAGAUGAGUAUGCACCUGUGAUUUUCGCUCAAGAAACAGUUUCCUAUCUUCAUUUGCUAGAUAUGAUGUCCGGGGAGGAGGAUAGAGAGAACAUACUGAGGGCUAGAGCAACUGGGAAAGCAGUGCUUACAAGCCCUUUCAAGCUUUUAGGUUCUAAUCAUCUCGGGGUAGUUUUGACCUUUCCCGUAUACAAGUCAAAGCUUCCACCAAAGGUGUCGGUUCGAGAACGCAUUGAAGCUACUGCAGGAUAUCUUGGUGGAGCUUUUGAUGUCGAGUCGCUCGUGGAAAAUCUACUCGGGCAGCUUGCGGAGAACCAAGAGAUAGUUGUAAAAGUUUAUGAUGUUACCAACCCUUCGAACCCUUUGAUCACAUAUGGCCGCCAGACUCAAGAGGGUGAUCUGUCACAUACGCGUGUUAGUAUGCUCGAUUUUGGUGAUCCGUACCGGAAGCACCAGAUGACGUGCAGAUAUCUUCGUAAAGCGCCUAUAUCAUGGACCGCAUUCACAACUGCAUCUUUAGGCUAUGUGAUUGUUCUGUUAGCUGGCUAUAUGUUUUACACCGGAGCGAUUCAUAUUGUUCAGGUUGAGGAUGACUUCGACACGAUGCAGCAAUUAAAAGUCCGAGCGGAAGCUGCUGAUGUUGCCAAGUCCCAGUUUCUUGCUACGGUUUCACAUGAGAUCAGGACCCCGAUGAAUGGCAUCCUUGGGAUGCUUGCAUUGCUUCUAGAUACUGAGUUAAGUUCGACUCAAAGGGAUUACGCUCAAACUGCACAAGCUUGUGGAAGGGCAUUGAUCACGUUAAUAAAUGAGGUGCUCGACAGGGCCAAAAUCGAAGCCGGGAAGUUGGAGCUGGAGUCGGUCCCAUUUGAUCUUCGCUCCAUACUCGAUGACGUUCUCUCUUUAUUUUCCGAGAAGUCUAGGCAUAAAGGAAUCGAGUUGGCUGUUCUUGUAUCUGAUAAAGUUCCACGAAUUGUUAUGGGGGAUCCAGGAAGAUUUCGACAAGUUAUUACAAAUCUUGUGGGGAACUCCGUUAAGUUUACUGAACACGGACAUAUAUUUGUUCAAGUUCAUCAUGCCGAGCAUUCUGAAGCGGAUGCAAAAUCCGAGACUUUCAUGAAUGGAAUAUCAGAAGGAAGGGCUAUAUCUAGGUUCAGAACGUUAAGUGGUCGUGAAGCAGCCGAUGAUCGAAACAGUUGGGACACAUUUAAGCAUUUAGUAGGCGAGGACGAGUACCCAUUUCGAGCAGCAACUGCCGAGAAAGUUGAUCUACUGGUGUCAGUUGAAGAUACAGGAAUCGGGAUACCAAUACAUGCUCAAGAACUAGUUUUCAUGCCGUUCAUGCAGGCAGACAGUUCGACAUCUAGACAUUAUGGAGGAACGGGUAUCGGAUUGAGUAUUAGCAAGUGUUUGGUUGAACUGAUGGGUGGUCGGAUAAGCUUCGUUAGCCGCCCUAAAAUCGGAAGCACGUUUUUUUUCACGGUUGCGUUUAAUAGGUCCGAGAAAAGCACGGUUUCAGAUCUGAAAAAAUCUCUUUAUGAAGAUCUUCCGAAUGCCUUCACGGGUUUGAAAGUAACCGUGGUCGAUUCAAAACCAGUCAGAGCUGCUGUUACUCGAUACCAUCUACAAAGACUCGGUAUGGUCGUUAAGAUCGUUAACAGCAUACAGAUGGCCAUUUCCAUGAGAUUCAUGUUAGUACUUCUCUUUUCUUUACCUUCCACACUCGUUGAACUACAACAAGAUCGAAACGAGAGGCAGCCCGAUCUGCUUCUAGUCGAGAAAGAUACGUGGUUAUCUAAUGAAGAUACGGGUAACAUACGACUUUCGGACCAUAGACCAAUUGGGCACACAUCAAAUUCACCUAAAAUGAUCCUUCUUGCUACAAAUAUAACAAGUCCCGAGUUCGAUAAGGCAAAAGCAACGGGCUUUUCCGACACCGUGAUCAUGAAACCACUAAGAGCGAGCAUGGUGGCAGCAUGCCUGCAGCAGGUGCUGGAAACCGGGAAUCAGGCAAAACAAGGUAGAUUGAUGGCCAAAGGAUCUCUUUAUCUUCGAAGUGUGCUUUCUGGGAAGAAAAUAUUGGUAGUCGAUGAUAACAGAGUGAACCGUAGAGUUGCUGCCGGUGCCCUCAAGAAAUUCGGGGCCACGGUCGAGUGUGCCGAUAGCGGUAAAACCGCUCUUGCGUUGCUUCAUUUGCCGCACACUUUUGAUGCCUGUUUCAUGGAUAUUCAGAUGCCGGAAAUGGACGGUUUUGAGGUGACACGUCGUGUGCGGAUGAUGGAGAGCAAUGCAAACCAGGAACCAAUGAGCGAAACAAUGACCAUCGAAGGGUCUGCUUUCACGAGGACCGGGGAAUGGCAUUUGCCGAUACUAGCCAUGACCGCCGAUGUAAUCCAUGCCACAUUCGACGAGUGCCGGAAAAGCGGAAUGGAUGGCUACGUAUCGAAACCUUUCGAGGAAGAAACCCUGUAUCAGGCUGUCGCCAAGUUCUUCGAAUCUAACCCACCAUCAGACCGUAGUUUUAAAACCACAACAUCCAAAAAUGGCGAACCGUAAGUAGCCUCUUAACCGAAAAAGUGCACAUUUUUCAAGAUCUCUUGAACCAGCAUUACACUUUCGGCCUUCAGUUGGGCUGGUCUCGAGUCUAACUGAGUUCGGAUCAACUCGACCGAUGCCACUCGGGGAGCUGUAUCCGAAUAUGUGUACAGAGGUUUCAGUUUGAUUUGUAUCAUUUAUAGGAUACGGUGUCGUUUGGCAGCCUAUCUUUUGUAUAAUCGUCAUUGAGAAUUCAUUAUUCAUCCAAGAAAAAUUAAUUACGUCUCCAAUACUCUGUACACUGAAUUUUAAUUAGCAAAUUGAAAUACGAUCCAUCAGUUUUUUUUUA